UUUUUUUUUUCUUGGCUCUUUCUUCUUCCUUCUUCCCCUUCCCAACCUUAUCAUCCAUUUGUUUAUCUCUUCCAUAACAUAUCACAAACAAACCUAAACCAUGACUGUAGGAGGAAGUUUUGAGUACCAGGAAUUCGUUUCUGGCUCAGAGACGUUCGAGGUCAGAGUCAUUCCAGGGACGGCUCUCACUCAAGGAAGACCCUUUGUGAUGUGGGACGAUAUCAAAGAUGUCUUUCCUUUGGCCUCCCGUCUCCAAUGUGGCAGGCGUAUCAUCAGUUUUAUGGUCGAUGAAAAUGGCAAUAGAUUGUUACCACUGAGGAUUGAGUACCAACCAGAGUCUGUGAUUCAGGUCAUCUUGUCCCGUGCUUCGAGUCUUCAGAAUCCCGAUGAUUUUCCUUCCCCGCCUCCAUCUACACGCAGUGCUCAUUCAGCUUCAGUUUCAAAACAUGGAUCUUAUAUCGCUGCCUUCACGUUAGAACCAGCCGAGGAAAACGAUCGUAGCCCUCGAGAUUCCUUAUUGUCGACAUGGUCAAUAUCAGAUGAAGCCAAGAACCGAUAUAGAUCUUCAGUCUACUUGUACGAAAACUUUAUGCAAUCGAUUCAACUUGGACGAACUAAUCUAGCCAGCAUGUAUCAAGACGACUUUAGGGAACAGUUUUAUACCCUUGAGGGAGAGAUGUCGAGGAAUCAGGCUUUACAGCAACAGAUGAUGGAAAUGCAGCAGUCCAUGCUCGAGUUACAACAACAAGCAAUCGACAAGUUGACAGCUAUUCAAACUCGAGUUCAGGCUAUUCUUGUUCAGAGCUAUGCUCUAUUGGAAUAUCCCAUCCCACGACUUUUUAUCAUCCUUCCGAAACAUGGAGGUCAAUGGGACUCUGUCAACAUCUUGCAUAAUGAAUUUCGAGUACAUUUCUUAUGUGAAUGUGGUGAACACACAAAGUCAAUUCAGGGCACCAAGAUCCCCCACCAUAUCCAUUUGGCAAAACAUGAGGGCUAUGACAUUGAUGACCCAGAGGAAUUUUUCAAAUAUUAUGGAUCAUAUUUGUUAACGCUCUUGCACAUGAUCAAGUACGGCGUGGCAGUCGCAGGAUUCACAGUCCCAGCAUUAACCCCUUCGGAACCCGAGGACGACAAAUUUUCAACACGUAAUCGUCCGUAUACCUUUGAAAGUGGGGUGGACAUGGCAAUGGAAUUUCUGGAAUGUAUGUCUUCAAAAGGAAUGUUUGAACAGCUACCAUUGGCACCAGGCAUUAUCCCGAAUUUUGCAUCACCGAGGCCAUCAUUUCAAUAUUCCCACGAGAUUUCCAUCAACGGCGGCGGCAGCACUAUCAGUCAUCCAACCUCACCUCAAAUCUCGAGAGAGAUCGCCUUGCCCUCACGUUUUUCGAUGGUUGAAAGUGAAUUCAGUUUCAAUGACCGUGCAUCUUCCAUUCACUCAAAUGAUAUUCCUUAUAGUCGUAACUCAAUGCAUUCACAGGAACCUCUCCUGCCCAAUGGACCAGCACUUCAAUUCUCUCAAGGAAAUGCUGCCUAUGCUCGGUUAUCGCCUCAACUCCUUCGAGAGCUUGGCUUGUUGAGUAACACGGAUUUGCAACAACUAGGACUCUAUUUGAAGAUCAUGGACCCAAAUCAACUACUGGGAGACCUUUAUAGAUACAUGACAAGGGAUGGAACGGCUCGAUGGAUAUGUGAAGACCAUUAUCGUGAGGCAUACGGGGUGAUGGCGAUCAAGGAGCUGACACAGGUCAUUUCUGUUAAUGAUGGCAAGUAUCAUGAGCACCUUGGUCGAGUGGAGGUUGCUCUCUCGUCCUCAACUAUCGCCAAUUUGUUUUAUAAACUCAUGGAACGAGGCAAACUGAUCCAGGAUCUCAAAGUUACUCUCAAAUGGGAUGUUUCCAUGAGCGAUGUCAAAGCAUUGCGUGAUGCCAUUAGCAGAUCGGAUAUUGCUUGCUUAGAUCUGACAUGCAAACCGUCCACAUCAACGUCCGAUUAUCUGAACCGUAACAAGAGAGCGGAUCCUCUCUGGGAAAUUAUCAUGAAGACAAGGCUACAGUCUUUCCUUCUCAGUGACUAUCCAGGAUUUUUCUCCAAAGUAACUGUUCCUAUCCGAACUAAUAAUCUGCGUGUUUUGAGAGUGAGUGAACGUAUCAACUGGAAGAAGGAAGGUCCCAGAGUAACUGGGCUUAUUGGGUCCAGUCCUCGCCUGAAAGAACUGCGCUUGAGUUGUCUCGACAUGGAGGAUGCGUUCACAGCAAUCAAAAAGGUUAACCUUCAUGAGUCUUGUUCACUGGAACAGUUGGUCAUUGACGGAUUUGAAUCCAACAAAUUGGUGGCACGAUUUGAGAAUGGAGUCCCCGUCACAUUCGAUCUGAUCAUCAACAACACGACGAGUCGAUUCUUGAAAGAAAUUGAAUGCUUCCGUUCGCUUCACCUUCGUCUGGAUCUCCUUUUGAGAGUGGAGCUAGAUCCACACUUCUUGAUGAACAUCCUUAGUAGAAAUCCUAAGCUAGUCAAGCUUGCAAUUCAGUGUCAAGCACAGGAGUUUUUGUGGUGGCUUACGAUCGUUAAGAGUGCUAUGGCGGAGGAAGGCUCAUGUAGUCUGACAUCAUUGAGAUUGUAUGGAGGUAAAAAUCAACUGUACAUCCCCGACUUGCAGGACGAAAACACGGUGGAUUUGCAGCUGAUGACGAUUAAUAUGCCUCGGGAAGCCUCUGAAGCGCUUCUUAAGCUCUAUGGUACAAAGCUAUCAAAGCUUAGGAUUGAAGGCGAGGUUCUUAAGCAGUACUUUGAGGUAGCUCUUCAUGUUGAGAAAUUAGCUCUUCGAGCGGUGGAUAUCAAGAGCUCAAGUCUUAGUGCAGAUAUGCUGUACGAUCUACGAUUGAUCCUGAGACGCUGUCAAUCGACCCUGAAGACUAUGUCUAUUGUUCUAGAUGUGCGUUGGGAUGGAUCAGAGCGAAGCAACGACUUGGCAGACUUUGUGUCCGAGUUUGGAACCGAAUGGAUCAAGAUCAGUAUCAAUGAAACGGAUGCUCCAUUGUGGAAACGGGCUCUUAGCCAGCGUGGAUUCGCCAUGUCGCCCAAGAUCUUGCAUAUCAUCCCCACAUACGUGAAGCCAAAGACGCCCAACUUGGUGGAAGUCCAGGCUUUCGAAAAUUAAAUUUUAUUCCCCCAUUUUGACAUUCUAGAGGUUCCUCU